AUGAAACGUCAUUAUGAAACAAAACAUUCUCAAAAUUACUCAAAAUAUACAGGAAUUGUGCGGACAGAAAAAUUCGAAGCUUUGAAGUGCGGAUUGAAAUCGCAGCAAUCUUUAUUUACAAAAGUCAAAACUGAACAAGAGGCGGCAACUCGUGCCAGCUUUCGUGUGGCUCUUGAAAUUGCAAAACGUGGAAAACCAUUCACCGAUGGAGAAAUGAUCAAGGAAUGCAUAAUUGCAGUAGUCGAAGAAAUGUGCCCUGAAAAGGUAAAUUUAUUAAAAACUGUCAGUAUGCCAGCAAACACUGUGGCUCGAAGGGUACAAAACAUCGCUGAAAAUAUAUCCUCUCAACUGUUCGACAAAAAUGGACAUGUUGAGUGGUUUUCUUUGGACUUGGAUGAGUCAACGGAUGUGUCAGAUACUGCUCAGGUGUUGAUUUAUAUUAGAGGAGUAGAUAAAAGCUAUGAAGUGCACGAAGAACUUCUUGAUAUGUAUAGUAUUCAUGGCACAACUACUGGUAUCGAUAUUUUUAAAGGAGUUGAAAUGGCCAUUAAUAAAAAGAACCUUCGAUGGAAAAACUUGAAAUGUAUUACAACUGAUGGAGGCAAAAACAUGAGUGGGAAAGAUAAAGGAGUGGUCGCUCUUGUCUCAAAGGCUGUAGAAAAUGACGGCGGCUCAAAACCAUUAGUCUUACAUUGUAUCAUUCAUCAACAGUCUUUGUGCGGAAAAUGUUUGGAUAUGUCUGACGUUCUGAAACCAGUCAUAUCAACUGUUAAUUUCAUCAGAUCUUUUGGGCUGAAUCACCGACAAUUCCGACAAUUUAUUGCAGAGAUUGGAGAAACAGACUUACCUUAUCAUACUGCCGUACGCUGGCUUAGUUGUGGGAAAGUCCUUCAGCGCUUUUUUGAACUUCGAGCAGUGAUCGAAAUUUUUUGA